AUGCUGCUGUCGCUGCUGAGGUGCUGCGUACUCGUACUUGGCACAUGCACGUGGGUGCUCUGCACUCUCCUGAUACUCGAGGGCAAAGGUUGUUCUUCUCGCGAUCCCUCGUCCGCAGAAUGCCGGUACGCCAGGGAGAUGGGCAAAGUCCCACGCCGCGCAUCAAAGGGGCAGCAAAGAUGCAUUUCAUCGUCUCGUGCUCCGCAAUCAAACAGUAGCCAGGCGAGCCAGGCAAGACACCCGACAGCGCCUCCCUCAACUGGGUCGGCGGCAACAAUGUGGAAAGAGCGAGGCAGCAGGGAGCCCCGCUACUUCGCGUUCGCGUAUCAAACGGCUGCCGUCCGAGGACUUGCGCAAAAUCUCGGAAUGGAGGGGGCUCUUACAAGUCGAUACAUGCACUACUACAAGUAUGUACCGUGCAUGUACGCUACGGACCGGACAUGCAGUCGGUCUUCUAUCGUGGCUCCAACAGACAAUGUUCCCUGUACUGUAUACCGUCGCGGGUGGUACAAGUACGAGUAUAUUUGUAAGACACGGAACAUGAAAGGUACAGGAUACGGAGUAUACGUUGGCACUAUUUUUGCAUCGACGAUGGCUGCUCUGGGCCAGGGAAGUCGAAGGUACUCAAUACGAUGCUUCAAGCGGGAUCCUGUUCGCAUACAAGUGCAGCCCAAUAUAGGGUACUUCGUACUUGCACAAGCACACGCUCUCGAUGGGCAAUGGUGGAAGCCGCGUGAGGCCUUGCCGAGAGACGAAGCGCCCCUGCCGAGUCACCUGAAGAUGGUUCAAGUCCAAAGGCCAGAGACCCGACACGCCGCCUGCUGGUCUGGGUUACCUGGGCUGCGAAUGCGGAGCAGGAUACAGUAG